ACCCAGCAUGCCUUAGGAGUCUCUGUAGACACCGAGAAUAGAAGCAGAAACUGCAGAAGGGCCUGGUGGUGAUUUCCUGAUGGUCUGAUGGAUUUCUUGGUGAUUUCAUGGAGAUCUGAUGGAUUUCUUGGUGAUCUGCAGUUUUUCGGCGAGGGGGCGUGGUCAAGGCUGUGAUGCUAACAGCUAGCUAACCUCCACCAUCUUACAGGAGACAUGGACGGCCAAUUGCGGGAUCACGGCUCCUGGCCCGGCGAGUCUGCCCCGAUGUCGAUGCAGCCGGUGUCAUGGCAACCGUCGAAGGAUGGCGAGCGUCUGAUUGGUCAUGUUCUGAGCAAGAAGACGAAGGACGGCUCGGUUCCUGCAGACAGCGGAGCGCUGCUCGGGCUCAAGGUGGUGGGGGGGAAGAUGACGGAGUCGGGGCAUCUCUGUGCGUUCAUCACUAAGGUGAAGAGAGGAAGUCUGGCAGACACGGUGGGACACCUGAGACCAGGGGACCAGGUCCUGGAGUGGAAUGGCCGGCCUCUCCAGGGAGCCUCAUUUAACGAAGUCUACAACAUCAUCCUGGACUCCAAAGCCGAGCCGCAGGUGGAGCUGCUGGUCUGCAGAGCGCUUGGAGAAGUUUCCAGAAGUGCAGACUUCUCCCAGCUGGACUCCAGUCCUUUCGACUGUCAGAAAGUCUCGUCUCCCAUCAUCCCCGGCGUUCUGUCCGGGCCGCUGUCUGUGGCUACCAGGCGCCCGCUUGUUCCCCGGAUCCAGGUGAAGCUGUGGUACGAUAAGGUGGGUCAUCAGCUGAUCGUCACGGUCCUCGGAGCCAAAGAACUUCCUGUCCGAGACGAUGGCCGGCCCAGAAACCCCUACGUCUACAUCUACUUCCUGCCCGACAGGAGCGAUAAGAGUAAGAGGCGGACCAAGACGGUGAAGAAGUCUGUGGAGCCGCGGUGGAACCAGACCUUCAUGUACUCUCCGGUCCCUCAGAGAGAGUUCAGAGAGCGGAUGCUGGAGCUGACGGUCUGGGACCAGGCCCGGGUCCGGGAGGAGGAAAACCAGUUCCUGGGAGAGGUGCUCGUAGAGAUGGAGUCUGCUCUGCUGGACGAUCAGCCUCACUGGUACAAACUGCAGCUCCUAGACAGCGCCCCCUACCUGCAGAGGAGAGGACUACAGCACAGGUCUCAAAGGAUCUAUGAUGGCGAGUUUUCAGAUUUUGACUGUGAAGACGGCAUCGGGGUGAUAUCAGACUUCAGGCGGGACUUCCACAGCUCCACCCUCUCAGUGCCGGAGCAGGUCAUAUCGUCCAAUCACGGCUCUCGAUCCGACCUGGUCAGGAUAAGGUCACGGUCGCCGAGCCAACCGUCUCCUCACCGCGGUAACCCCCUGUACCCAUUGUACCGUGAGGACGCCGUGCGGUUGCUACGGGGAACCAAACUGAGCCGAGCGAACUCAGACGCCGGGCAGUACAGCAGCCAAUCACACGGCAGGAGGACUAUGAGGAGAAUUUCUGUCGCCAACUCUCUCGAUUCACACGACAGAUACUAUAACGGUUCUAACCAGCCUCCCUGGACGAGCCACAUGAUGACCGGGAGCAGUGAGGACUACAGUCAGGAUUUUAUUCCUGAUUUUCCGUACGAACCCGACGGCUUCGACAGCGACCUGCUCAGGACUAACCCCCUUGGAGGACUGGCCCGCCGUGGACGCCAGCUGCCCAUCGUCCCGCCCAAAGGAUCUCCGGAUAAAAUUUUGGCCACGCCUGCUGCAGGAGCACCAAUGGCAACUGUAGCUCCACCCACCCUACAUCAACAGGCCCCUCCCCCUUUCAACACACAAGCCCCUCCUCCCCCUGCAAAUCCUAUACCACCGCCGCGUAUACGAAUCCAAGCCCCACCUCCUCCUGGACCCCCCAACCCCCAACCACCCCCUGCACUUACUACUGCUCCGACAAGUCCAAGCCCCGCCACAGUCCCUCUUUUGGUAAAAGCCUCGACCCCAGCUCCAGUACCAGUCCCGCCCCCAGUUCCUUCUCCGGUACAAGCCCCGCCCAUAUUCCCUCCUCUAGCGCAAGCCCCUCCCCCAAUUCUAGCUCAAACCCCAGCACCAACUACUGUCCCUGCACCAAUACAAGUCCAAGCCCCGCCUCCAGUUCCUGCUCCGGCACAAGUCCAAGCCCCGCCCACAGCUCCUGUUGCACCUACUGACCCUCCUGAACCAACUGCACCCACUGCUCCAGCUACUGCACCUUCUCAAGCCCCGCCCCCUGCUCCUCCUGUAGUCCAAUUAAUGCCGGCUUCUGAAGCUACUGUUCCCCCAACACCGGCCCCUGCCCUGGCACCAACACCGGCCCCUGCCCUGGCACCAACACCGGCCCCUGCAGCAGCCGCGCCCCCACAAACUCCAGAGCACGAGAGACGCUGCUUGACUCCUGGAGGAACCAGAAAAGAGGUCACAUGGGAGGACCUGCUGAAAACAGCCAAUGGUGCGAAGGACCCGUCCCAGGUGAGCAGACCGAAAUACUCAACAUGUCCUUCAUACAUCACUGAUGAUGUCACACUCCUGUCCGCCUGUCUGUCUGUCUCUCUGUCUGUCCUCCGGUCUGCCCACCUGUCUGUGUCUGUCUGUCUGCCCACCUGUCUGUCUGUCUCUCUGUCUGUCUGUCCUCCGGUCUGCCCACCUGUCUGUGUCUGUCUGUCUGUCCACUUGUUUGUGUCUGUCUGUCUGUCUGUCCUCCGGUCUGCCCACCUGUCUGUGUCUGUCUGUCUGUCCACUUGUUUGUGUCUGUCUGUCUGUCCACCUGUCUGUGUCUGUCUGUCUGUCCACUUGUUUGUGUCUGUCUGUCUGUGUCUCCAGAUGAGGGACAGUCUGUCCUUUAAAUCAACAGACAGUGAUGUCAGUGAUGUCCCCAAGAUCAGCGGGGCGGAGGCUCCUCAGGGCCAAUCCGAGGAGUCGGGGGCGGGGCCAGAGGGCUCACAGGAAGCUGCGGGGGCGGUCGGGGGCGGAGCCACGCUGCUGGCGAGCGAAUCAGAGGCCGAGGAGUCUGAGCCGGAGCCAGAGACGGCCCCUGCAAAGCCGACGCCCACCAAGCCGGCUGAGGUCUGCUCGCUGAACCGGAACAACGACGACGACGAAGACGACAAGAAGAAACGCUCGGGCCUCGGGGCCCUGGUCCUGGGGCUGGUCGGGCUGGGCAAGAAGAACCAGAACAGCUCCCAGAUCAACCCCGAGG